GCAUUGGUCUUAUUUAUUUUACAUAUGGCAUGCAUAUGCAGUUGGGUUUAAUGUUCUGUUUACAAUACACGUGGAUAUAGAAUACAAAGCAGUGUCGUCUGCGGUUUAAAGUCAUUGUUAAAGGCUAAAUGCACUACAUUGCGAAAUUAACGUCUGAGUCAUUUAGUUGAAUUAAUCGUGUUUACUUCCUUUUUCUAGCCGUCGAAAUAGACUGCACGAUUUAUUGGAUAAAAUGAUAACAGUGCAUAUGCGAGCCACGCACAUACGUGUUUUCAGUGGGGUUUAACAUUACAUUUGCGAACAGAAAGUGGAUACGUGAAGACGUUCACCAUAUUGUUGUGUGUAACGGUAGUCUUCAUUGGUGCACGGACGAACUCGAGCGUCAUGACGACAAAAGCGGUGACAGGUGCAUGCGUCCUCGCGCAAUUUUCGCGUAGCUAUGCCACACAAGGAGGAAUGAAACACUACAAGGUUCUAGUCGCCGGAGGGGGGACGGGAGGUCUCGCGGUUGGGGCGCGUGCCAGACGGUCACUGGGGGCGGGGCAGGUCGCCGUUGUGGAGCCAUCCAAGGAACAUUUCUAUCAGCCUUUGUGGACCCUAGUAGGGGCUGGGAUGAAAAGGCCCGAACAAUCAAUGGCCCUCAUGAAGGAUCUGGUUCCAAGCGGCCUUGACCUAUUUGAGCAAGGGGUUCGGGAGUUUGAUCCAGACAAGAAUAACAUAACACUAACCAAUGGAGAAAAGAUCAGCUAUGACUAUCUGGUGGUGGCACUGGGAAUUCAGCUCGACUUAAAUAAGGUAGAGGGAUUGGUGGACGCGCUGAAGGAGGACAAGACGGUGUGCACAAACUAUCACCGAGAUCACGUAAAGAAGACAUUUCCAGCCAUUCAGAGUUUCAAGGGAGGAAAUGCAAUCUUCACGUUUCCCAACACGCCCAUAAAGUGUGCAGGGGCGCCACAGAAAAUCAUGUACCUUGCAGAAGACUACUGGAAAAGGCACGGGGUUAAGGACAGAAGCAACAUCAUGUACCAGACAGCACUGUCUGUGAUCUUCGGAGUGCCCAAGUACGCCGCCAGUCUCAUGAAAGUGGUCGAGAGAAAAAACAUUGUGUUAAACCUGCGACGCAGCCUUACGUCUGUCGAUCACAUGAAGAAGACGGCAACGUUUGAUCUGUUGGACAAGAAAGGGGAAAAAGAAACCAUCAAUUAUGAUUUCCUACAUGUGGGCCCACCCCAAUGCGCACCUGACGUAUUGCGCAACUCGGCGACACCCCUCGUUGACGUAGAUGGCUUCCUAGAUGUGAACUUGAGCAACUGCCAGCACAUAAAGUACCCCAACAUCUUUGGUAUCGGAGACUGUACCAACAUACCCACCUCUAAGACGGCGGCUGCUGUUGCUCCACAGACAAAGAUAGUGAUGACGGGAAUAAGUGAAAUGAUGGCUGGCAAGCCCUUGUCAAGCAAGUACAAUGGCUACACAUCUUGCCCACUGAUCACAGACUACAACCACUGCAUUCUGGCGGAGUUUGGUUUCAAUGGGAGCAUCCUGGAGACGUUCCCUGUCGAGCAGGGAAAAGAACGGCAGACCAUGUUCUAUCUCAAGAAGUACAUUAUGCCUCAGAUCUACUGGAAUAUGAUGACCAAGGGUGUUUGGAAUGGCCCAGCCACCUACCGAUAUAUCAUGCACCUGGGAAUGUGUUGCUAGAGAGUCCUGUGAGGACAUCUAGAGAUUCAAGUGAGGACAUGUACGGAGUAAAGUGAGGACAUGGAGAGAGUCAAGUGAGGACAUGUAGAGAGUCAAGUGAGGACAUCUAAACACUCCAGUUAGGUCCAUUUUGACAACGUGGAGCUGCUGUGUUUAGAUGACCUUUACAGGAUAGUUUGUGAUUGCAUUGUGGACCAUGUCAUCAAUCAGUCACCUGUUUGAAACUGUGGGGAUAGAUUUUACAUUGAAUUUGUCUUUUUGUUUUACAGAACAUUGAGUUAUAUCCAAUUGAUAUGAUUUUUAUAUUAUAUUCAAAGAUAUUCCAAACCAGAAAUGCAAUGGAAUUAAUUGUGCCAUAAAUAGUGGCAGACUAAGUAUGAUGUAUCUCUGCUGCUUUGUUAGUGUGCGUGUUUAUUCACAAUCUAGUGUUAAGGCAAUUUAUGCUUAGCUUAAACGUACCCAUACCCAUACGAGUAGCUGUACGGCCUGCAAAUCAUUAAAUGUUUCGGCCAUAGACAUUAAAAUUUAAACAAAAGGAAUAGUUGAAUAAAUUAAGUGUGAUCCAUAUGUUGGCUGGAAAUUGGCCCCAGUCUUAAAUCCUUUCUUCAUGCGAAUUUAAUCCAGUUUAGGUCAUAUUGUCGGUCUUGUUUAUGUUUAUUCUAUGAUAACAUUAAAUAUUAAUUUAUACACAAUCGUGCAUGUAUUAUGCAUAAAUAAAUAAAAUGUAUACAUUGUUUA